CCGGGGCAGUGUGAGGUAGAAGAGAUCUCCGAAUGGGUCGCAGCCGCAGCCGCUCCCCGCGGAGGGAGCGCAGGCGGUCCCGGUCCACCUCCCGGGAGAGAGAACGCAGGCGCCGAGAAAGGUCCCGGUCCCGGGAGAGAGAUCGGAGAAGGAGCCGCUCACGAUCCCCGCACAGAAGACGCUCCAGGUCCCCAAGGCGACAUAGAUCCACAUCUCCUUCCCCUUCUCGACUGAAAGAAAGGAGAGAUGAGGAAAAGAAAGAAGCAAAAGAAACAAAGAGCAAAGAACGUCAGAUUACUGAGGAAGACUUGGAGGGCAAAACAGAGGAAGAAAUAGAAAUGAUGAAGUUAAUGGGAUUUGCCUCCUUUGACUCCACAAAAGGAAAAAAGGUGGAUGGCUCUGUAAAUGCCUAUGCCAUAAAUGUGUCUCAGAAGAGGAAGUACAGGCAAUACAUGAAUCGAAAGGGUGGAUUCAACAGACCUUUGGAUUUCAUUGCAUGAGAAUUGAAAUGUUGAAGAAUGAUUUUUUCCCUCAUUGUGAUCAGAAGAGUGGAUGUUAUAUUUUAUAUUUCAUACUCAUCAAAGCAGGAUCACAGUCUUUCCUCCUUGUAAAGUAAGAAAAUUUUAUUUAUGAUGGGUGCAGGUCACUUAUCCUGCCUCAGAAGAAGAAAGGUUAAAUAAUUACAUUUUUUUCUUUUAGGAAAUAUCACUUGGGGCAGUCAUUAACCCCAUUUUCUUUUGUUCUUAUUCCUGUGGAAGCUAUGUAUGGUUUGUUUUGUUUUGUUUUGUUUGGAUGCUCAUUAGGACUUUUUUGAACACAUAAAUUAAUUUGGAUGUAAGUCACUCAAAUAAAGCAAUAUUUCUACCCCUU